UUUUUGAAAUGAUUGAAAUUUGUUCUUAAAUAUUUUCAUGGUCUGUGUAAAUGACUCCGAAGUAGAAACUGCCAGCUAUUACGUGCUGGCUAUUAUGAGAUUUGAAUUCGAAACUAAACGCAGCAAAAAGAAGUUUAAAAGUCACGGCGUUAAAAGGCUAGAGAGAUAAAUGGCUUGGUUGGUAGCAAAGACAUCAUGUUAAAAAUGGGAUUUUUAUGAAAAGACCCUUUUUAUAUUCCUCAAUAGCCUUUUCGGAUUUUUUUUUUCAUUUUGUGAUCUCUAAUCUUGUUAUUGCAACUUUUGCGCCAGUGAUGUUUUGUCUGUUUCGUAUCGCAAGUUGGCUUAUCAAAAAAGUUUGCACUAAAUUUCCGAAUGAUAUUGAUUUUUAAUUUUUAAGUGUGAAGACGCUUUAGUAAAUCGCUUUAAGUUUUUUUGUACGAUUUUUCGCAGUUGGACUUGAUUUUUUUUCGCAGUUGGACUUGAUCAGUGUUCAAAUCAAAUCCAAACUGCCAAAUGGCAGGCAAAAUUAGGCUCUCCAAUAACGAAUGUGCAAAUGUCGCAAAAAUGCGAAUGAGUCUUAGUUUCAAAGAUGGACCGUAAUUCGUAGAAACGCCAGCGGAAUCAAAAAAUUACUUUUGUAUGAAAUUUUCUCUAAUUGGUCCAUAAUGUUAAAUUUUUGCGUGAGGGUUUAUUCUUUUCGAAAGAUGAAAAAUUAAAUUUUUUUUUCGUUUUUUUUGAGCUCCUUGGCAUUUCCUGUCUGUUGGCUAUGUUUAUCACUUGUAUAAUCGAUCUUUUUUUCAGCUGCUGUUACAAAAAGUGUUCUUAUCCUUCUUGCUUAGGUGAAACUUCUAAAUUUGGAAACACGACGGUUCUUUAAUUGGUGGCUAUUCAGUCAAAUUAUGGGUUCUUUAUUGUGUACUAUUGUCGUGUGCUUCGUCCAACAAAACGUGAAUUUUUUCUAUGGCUAUCUAAUUGGACUUGUUGUGAUGGUUCUUUCUUUAGUAUCAUUUCUCAUCGGGUCCGGUAAAUAUGAGAAACCUGAACCGUGCAAGAAAAACUUCUCGAGUUUCUUCCGUGUUCUCAAGUUUGCAAUGUCAAGAGUUGCGCGAAGAAGACAAAAAGAAGCCAAACGAAUGGGUCAUAGUAUGUCGUUGGUAGACCUAGCUAUGGAACGGUUUAAUGGACCAUAUCCUGACGCAUUGGUGGACGAGGUUCGAAUCCUGCUCCGCCUAGUUCCAGUUCAACUCUCUUUCGCCUCAUUUUGGGUGCUGUAUUACCAACUUCUAUCCUCCUUUAUAACUCAAGGGUUGCACAUGCGUCUCGUUGAUAUGAGUGGUCUUCGAGAUAGCUUCACGCUGCCCGCAUCAUGGCUUAGUUUGUUCACGUAUUUGCCGGUGCUGGUGCUAAUCUUACUGGCUGAAUUACUCUUUCUCCCGGUGUUAAAUAGUUACGGAUGGAUCCCCCGACUGCUGACGGAAACAAGAAUUUUGGUUGGAAACACGUUUGCCUUCCUAGCCUUGGUUUCUGCGGGAGUUCUAGAGUAUAUCCGAAUUGACCAGUUUAACAACUGCAGGGACGGCCAUCCAAAUCAGCCCAGCAGUUGUGUGAUAUCGCAGUACAUAGGUGGAACCACGUAUCAUGCCACUGAUCUCUCCGCUUUCUAUCAAGCUCCACAGUACAUCUUUAUGGGGUUUGCUCAAUUUUUUGCAAUCAAUGGGUCGCUUGAGUUCUCCUUUGUCGAGGCACCUACAAACAUGAAGGGUCUAGUUAUGGGUUUGUUCCACUUGUCAAGUGGUUUGGGUGCUCUAAUAGCAGCUGCGGUGUCUGAAAUAGCCCAGAGGGCCGACUGGUACUGUCAUACAGAUAGCUACGACUACUGCAACCCGAACUCGGGCAAGAUGUAUUACUACUUCUGGAUUCUCGCUCUGUUACAGCUGGUCGCGAUAGUUGUUUUUUAUGCUUUGGCUGCUGUGUACAGGGCCUUUAGAGAACGGGGUGAGGUUGGAUCGUGGAGAUCGCUUUGCUUCUUUUUAUGUCGAAGCUAGUAUCAAAGUACCGUCACUGUCUUCCGUAGUUUAAAAAUGGCCAAAUCAAUUAUUUAAAGAUCACACUGUAGAUUUGAUUGUAUUAGAUUAGGUUCAUAAUGGAAGUAGUUGCCUCAUCCAAUUUGAUGAUCGUAAUAUUUUAUAUGAAAUACAUGAUAGCGAAUUAAAUGUUUCAGAGAUAA